AAGCUCGCAAAUCCCCGACACAAGCUCGCAAAUCCCCGACACAAGCCUUCACUCGGUGCGCUGCCACGCGCCUCGCGUGCUGCUCUCGACGACGACGACGACGACGACGGCGACGGCAACGGCAACGGCACACCGCCAGCUGUAUGCCCCUCGUGCGACAACGUUAAGUCGCAAUGGCCUCUCCGAGCCCCAAUCCCACGUCUGGACCUCGGCCGCAAGGCCACGACCACGCGCCGACAACGCCCAGCACCUUGCGGCAGAGUCAUACCCUCUCGAGCUCUCCCAACAGCCACCACAGCGACGACGACCGGCCCGGACCCAGCUCCCGGACCAACGGGCUUGAUGGUGUCCUCGAAGAGCACACAGAGACCACGUCCCUGCUGCACAACGAGCGCGCACACGAUGGCGACUGCAACCACGGCACCUUCUCCCCGCGGGCAUCGAGCCCGAUCCCGAGCAUUCGCAACCCAGACUCGGAAGACCACAGCUCCAUGGUCGGCUCCGAUGCCUCGAUCGGCUCGAUUGACGGCCAGCUCAAGGGCGGCCGAAAGAAGGUCUUCUCGGACCGCCUCAAGAGUCGCAACAUGCGCAACACGAGCAGCUUCGCCGAGCAGCACGGCAUCAAGGACUCCAACUACAUGUACCUCUCAUACUACAUCCCCUGCCUCAUCUGGAUGCGUCAGUACAACUGGUCCUGGCUCAAGGGCGACUUCACUGCCGCCAUCACGCUCGCCGCCAUGUACCUUCCCAUGGCCCUCUCGUAUGCCGACAACCUCGCCCAUGUCCCGGCUCUCAACGGCCUCUACGCUUUCGUCUUCAACCCGCUGGUAUACGCACUGCUGGGAAGCUGCCCUCAGAUGGUGGUUGGUCCUGAGGCGGCGGGAUCCCUCCUCGUGGGGUCUAUCGUCAAGGACAGCAUCGAUAGAGGACAGGGUGAUGAUGGGGAUGCGGUCUUGCAGGCCAAGGUCGCCGGAGUCGCCGUGGGCAUGGCAGGCGCGACAGUCUUCAUCAUGGGGCUGACUCGGCUGGGAUACCUCGAGAGUGUUCUCAGCCGGCCGUUCCUGCGAGGCUUCAUUUCCGCCAUCGGCCUCGUCAUCUUUAUUGAUCAGAUGACACCGACUCUCGGCCUGGCUGCCGCAGCCAAGGCGCACCAAGACGUUGCCCACAAGACGACCUGGGACAAGAUGGUCUUUCUCACGACGCACCUUACCGAGGCCCAUCAGCUGUCUGCCAUCAUCGGCAUCGUGUGCUUCGUGAUUGUGAUGGUUCUCCGAGAGGUGAAACGUCGCUUGCAACCGCGAUACCCCGGCGUCGCCUACUUUCCGGACCGCUUGAUUGUCGUUGUCCUGUCAGCAAUCCUGGCGUGGCAGCUCGAUUGGGAGGGCCAGGGUGUUGAGGUGCUAGGUAAGGUUGAAGCUGCCAAUGGUCAGCUUUUCGCUUUCCGGAACCCUUUCCAGCUCGCACACUUGCACCACAUCAGGAGCUCCAUGGGCACUUCUUUCCUGAUCGGCAUGCUCGGGUUCUUCGAGUCGUCUGUCGCAGCAAAGAGCCUGGGUGGUGGCGAGGUCAUCGAGGGCAUGCAGCUGAGCCCCAAUCGCGAGCUGAUUGCGCUGGGUACUGCCAACUUGGUUGGCGCAUGCUUCAUGGCAAUCCCCGCGUUUGGCGGCUACGCGCGCAGCAAGGUCAACAGGUCCACUGGAGGCAAGAGCCCAAUGAGCUCGAUUUUCCUGAGCUUGAUCUCUGUCUUGGCGAUCGUGUUUCUUCUCGAUGCCUUCUACUACCUUCCGAAAUCUGUGCUGUCGGCUCUCAUCAUGGUCGUCGCCUUCUCCUUGAUCGAGGAAGCACCAGAAGACAUACACUUCUUCCUCAAGAUCAGGGGCUGGACCGAGCUUGGGAUCAUGUUUGGCAUCAUCCUCAUUACGGUGUUCUUUUCUCUUAACCUGGGAAUCGCCAUUGGCAUUGGCGUUUCCCUGAUCCAGGUCAUCAAGCACUCCACCCGCGCGCGCAUCCAGAUCCUGGGGCGUAUCCCCGGAACCCAGCGCUUCGCCAACGCCGAGGACCACCCCGACCAGCUCGAGUUCGUCGAGGGCUGCCUGAUUGUCAAGAUCCCCGAGCCCCUCACGUUCGCCAACACCGGCCAGCUCAAAAGCCGGCUGCGGCGUCUCGAGGUGUACGGCUCCGGCAACGUGCACCCGGCGCUCCCGCCCGUCCGGCACUCGGCUAGCAACCGCAACGUCGUGUUUGACAUACAUGGCGUGACCUCGAUGGACGGUUCCGCCGUGCAGGUCCUGCAGGAGAUCGUGGCCAGCUACCGCGAGCGCGGCGUCCGCGUCUUCUUCAGCCGGAUCCCCUCGCGCAAGGGCUCGCUGUGGACGCUGUUUGAGCGCUCGGGCAUCGUCGACCUCGUGGGUGGGCCGCACCGGUUCGUCGACGACGUCGAGGAGGCGCUGCGGAUGACGGAGAUGGAGGAGCUCGCGUCGGGGGCGUCGUCCAUUCUGGGACCGGCAUGAGCAGCAGUGUGGUUGUUGGUAAGCCGUGGGGCGGGUUUUAGCACGUCUGUGCGAGUUUCCCAUAGACGCGGCGGUCACACAUGCAUCCAAAAAAGAAGACGGUGGGAAAAAGUUUUCGUAUCUUGCAUAGCCUGCGAUUUGCUUUUAUUGCUGGAGCGCUGCGGGCAUACAUGGUAUAUGCAUGCGCAUUAGACUUCUUCGUUAUAUAGACAUGCAAACAAUUUCAGAUGAUCCGAUGCUCAUAUGCAAAA